AUGUCCAAAGUCAUUGUGCUGACGGGUGCUUCUCGCGGGAUCGGCCUGGCCAUUGCGCAUUACCUGCUUCAGCGUUCGCACAAGCUUGUCGUGGUCGCCCGGAGCGAGGGACCACUGCGAGAGCUCGAGAAGCAAUACCCAUCCCAGGUAUCUGUCCUGGCCGGCGAUCUGUCCGAUCUUUCUCUGGGCCAAAAGGCUGUCGAUCUUGCCAUUGAGAGAUGGCAGAGUCUUGAUGGCCUCAUUGUAAACCAUGGCGUCCUCGACCCGGUCAAGAAGCUCGCAGACACCACUGCCGAAGAGUGGAGAGCAACCUACGAGAUCAACCUCUUCUCGGCUGUUUCUCUCGUCAAAGCUGCUAUUCCGCCACUUCGGUUAUCCAAGGGGAAGAUCCUCUUGACAUCUUCUGGCGCAGCGACCAAUGCGUAUCCGACUUGGGGAGCGUACGGUUCGAGCAAGGUCGCUUUGAAUCAUUUGGCGAUGACUCUGGCAAAUGAAGAGAAGGAUAUCACAAGCAUCUCGAUACGGCCCGGCGUGGUGGACACCGAGAUGCAGCGGGACAUCCGAGAGAAGCAUGAGCAAGUGAUGGACCCGACAGAUGCUGCCAAGUUUGCGGAGCUGAAGAAGACAGGAGGACUGCUGAAGCCGGAGCAACCAGGGCACGUCAUGGCGAAGUUGGUACUGGAUGCGCCGAAGGACCUGAGUGGAAAGUUCUUGACGUGGAACGCAGAAGAGCUGAAGGUAUUUCAAGGAUGA